CCACACCACACCCUCUCCUCCUCUCCUCUCUCUCUCUCUCUCUCUCUCUCCUCUGCUUAGCUACUAGCUCCACAGGUAAAACAUUAUUAUUGUUUCUUUCAACAACCCACCCUCUCUUUCUCUCGGUCUGUCUCUCUCUCGGUCUGUCUCUCUGAGAAACAGAGAAAGUUUCUCACAUUCUCUCUCUCUGUUUCUGGGCUGUGUGCGAUUCGCUGUUUGUUGUGUGCGAUUGUGUCUGUGUUUUUUGGGGUCAAUCUGCGGCAUUUGAUUGAUUAUUCUAAGGAAGAAAAGCAGUGAACGUGCUCUUCUUUGUCCGGACGCCAAAACUAAAAAACUUCACGCUUUUUGGUUGGAGUUUGGAGAGAACACAUUAUUAAGUUAAGCGAGUUUACACUCUGUAUUUCUCUAUUCACAUUUCUUUUUUAAUCAUUCAAAGCCUCAAGACAGACAGGAACAGACCCCUUUGACAGAGAGACUCAGAGAGCCUGGUCUUUGGAAUUCGAGCUUUUUUUUUUUUUUUUUUCCUCCAUCUUUUGAGAGCCAUGCUUGUCUCUCAGAACUGAGUACUCCCUUUUUAAAAUUCUGGGUCUCUCUGACCUCCUCCUCUCUUUGUAGAUUCUAGCCUACAAAUGGCUCUCCAAUGAGAGAGAAGGAGAGAGAAUUUUGUGCAAUUGUUCGAUAUUUGCUUUGUUUUGGACCUUUGGUUGUGGGUGUACUUAUGCUCUUUUGGGAGGUUUAAAUCCCGCAAAACAAUGCUAUAAUGCUAAAUUUACUUGGAGUUCUUGGCGGGUACCCCUUUUCUUUUCAUGCCAGAAAAAGGUGCCUCUGAAAAGAUUGACAGUAAUUUAUCAAAAGUUGGCUUAUAGAUGUGUAUGCAUUACUUGGGGACUUUUUUAGCUUAGACAUGAAGUGGGUAGUAGUAGAGAAACAGGAAGAAGAAGAAAAAGAAGAAAAAGCAAACCAGCAAGAAGAGUCGGAAAGAGUUUAGUGCUGAUGGGUCUGAAGAUGCAGCAGAGCCACCACCACUCAGUGGCGGUGAGAUUGAAUGAGCAAAUGGGUACCAAAAGAGGGUACACAUUUAUUCAGGCCAACAGGGAUUGGCUCCCCAAAUUUCUGCUGCUUUGGAUCAUUGUUAUGGCAUUCUUGAGCAUGAUGAUCUACAAUGGUAUGGAUGAUGAUAAUAAAGUAAGGAGGAAGGAGAUUCUGGGAAGCAUGUGUGAUCAGAGAGCUAGGAUGUUGCAAGAUCAGUUUAGUGUUAGCGUUAAUCAUGUGCACGCCCUCGCCAUCCUCGUUUCCACCUUCCACUACUACAAGAACCCUUCAGCAAUUGAUCAGGAGACUUUUGCCGAGUACACAGCUAUGACCGCUUUUGAGCGGCCAUUACUGAGUGGGGUAGCCUAUGCACAGAGAGUGGUAAAGUCAGAGAGAGAAAGUUUCGAGAGGCAACAUGGUUGGAUAAUAAAGACUAUGGAGAGGGAGCCUUCACCGGUGCGAGAUGAGUACGCACCGGUGAUAUUCACUCAGGACAGCCUCUCUUAUCUUGAAUCACUUGACAUGAUGUCAGGAGAGGAAGAUAGAGAAAACAUUUUGAGGGCGAGGGCUACUGGGAAAGCUGUUUUGACAAGUCCCUUCAGGCUGCUGGGCUCUCAUCAUCUUGGUGUUGUGCUGACAUUCCCCGUUUACAAAUCCAAGCUCUCUUUAAGCCCAGCAGUGCAAGAGCGCAUUGAAGCAACUGCAGGGUAA